AUGGGGAAAAGAGCUAUGCCUGACAGAUCAAACCACUCCUCAAAGAGGAAAAAGGGUGGCGGUGGAAAAUAUGGAAAUCAGAAGAGUCGCGUCCCUAUUGAAUCUGGUGAUGUGGGUGUCUUUGUGACAUGCGAUAUGGGCAGAGAAGCAAAAUGUCUGAACGAGGCAAUGGACAUUUUUUCUCAGGCCAUUGAGGGCACUGAACAUCAACAGGAAGAGGAGCCCGAUACUGAUGAUGAAGAUAUCGAGGCUCAGAUCCGAAGGGAACUGGAGGGCCUACAGCCCAACAAAGACAAAACUCGUCAAUUCCGGCCCAUACAGAUGGAAAUGCCGUGUGUGACAUUCAUGCGUCUCGAUCCCUCAAUAGACCCAGUGCAGCUUGUGCACCGUCUGUGUAGCGAAGCACACGCCCAUCCGGAGACUAAGAAGAGUCGGUGGAUUAAGCGCAUGCAUCCGGUCACGUCAAUCCGUAAGACGAUGAGUGUGGAUCUAACGGCUUUUGCGAAAGAGAUUCUCAAGCCUCAUUUCCAUUCGGGAGGGCCGCCGAAGACGUACGCUAUUCGGCCGACUGUGCGAGGCAACUCGAAGCUCAACAGAGACAUUAUUAUUAAAACUGUCGCUGAUGCUGUUGGACCGGAACAUCCGGUGAAUUUGACGAACUAUGAUCUAAUGAUCCUCGUCGAUGUUGCCCAAAAUGUGAUUGGUAUGAGUGUAGUGCAAGGUGAUUAUGAUAAGCUGAAACGGUUCAACUUGGCCGAAAUCUACGACCCUUCACCGAAAGAAGAGCCCGCAGCUAAGGCCACUGAGUCUAAGGCCUAG